CAAAUCAUUUGCUCGGCGUACACAUUACACAAGCUUACCUCAAUUAAACGAAUAUAUUUAAUAGUGAAACGUAGUCGCCGGUGGGUCCAAUCUCGUUCACUCCGGUAGUGGAUGUUCCUAUUGCUGUUACUUCAGCAACAGCAGAUCUGCUACUCUCUCACUCACUGAGCUGAUCUCUCAAUUCGGCAAAUGCUAUCGUUGAAGUCAAUUGGAGCUUCAGGAGUACUAUUUCUACUAUGGCUAUGGCUGUUCCAGACGACUGAAGCUUCAGUGCAUGACUACAAUGGGGAGAAAUUUGUGAGCAAGGGCAAUGCAUUUGUGGUUCACGGAGGUAGCGAAGGAAUUUACUCCUCUGUUCCUAACCUCACUGAAUCUCCUUCCUAUUCUUCCAACACCGACUCCUUCAUUCGGUUUGAAAAGAUUGUAUUUCGGAGGCCAAAGGAAUUCUCAAACUUCAGCUCAGACCCAAUUCAUGCAAUUAUUUUUGAGGUGGAUGAUCGAGAGUUAAUUGGGGGCUCUGCUUAUGGUGGACAAAGAGCUAUUUGUUGCACAGCAGAUCUUGCAAAACUUGGAGUUUGUACACAAGGGCAAAUAAUUCACCGCCCAUCUGCUAGUAAUCCCGGAUGGCCUAAAGUUUUUAGUGCCUCAUUCAGCAUUGAUGAAGUUGAUGUAGCACUGCAGUCGAGAUCAAUCCCCAUUACAAAAACUGGGAUGUAUAACGUGUAUUUUAUUCACUGUGAACCAAAUCUUAAGGAAAUUACUGUUGAAGGGAAAACCAUAUGGAAGAAUCCUACUGGUUACCUACCUGGUAGAAUGGCUCCCCUUAUGAACUUCUAUGGGUACAUGUCUCUUGCAUUCGUGUUACUAGGGAUCUUUUGGUUUUCGCAGUAUGCAAGAUUUUGGAGAGAAGUUAUUCCUUUACAAAAUUGUAUUACACUCGUUAUAACAUUGGGCAUGCUUGAAAUGGCCUUUUGGUACUUUGACUAUGCUGAAUUCAAUGAAACUGGAGUCAGGCCCACUGGUACCACUGUAUGGGCUGUGACAUUUGGUACAGUAAAGCGCACAGUUGCACGUUUGGUCAUUCUGAUAGUCUCUAUGGGCUAUGGUGUCGUUAGACCUACUCUGGGUGGUCUCACAUCAAAGGUCCUUUUGCUUGGAGGAACAUUCUUUUUGGCUUCCGAAGUGCUUGAACUGGUGGAAAAUGUUGGGGCUGUCAGUGAUUUCUCAGGAAAAGCAAGGUUGUUUUUUGUACUUCCUGUGGCAUUCUUGGAUGCUUUCUUUAUCCUUUGGAUAUUCACCUCCUUGUCGGCAACUGUGAAUAAGCUUCAGGCUAGAAGGUUGUUGGCCAAAUUAGACAUUUAUCGGAAGUUCACAAAUGCAUUGGCUGUCACUGUUAUUGUAUCUGUUGGAUGGACGUGCUAUGAGCUGUACUUCAAGUCCACUGAUGUGUACAAUGAGCGUUGGCGAAAUGCCUGGAUUAUUCCUGCCUUCUGGCAAGUGCUAUCUUUCUCUCUCCUUUGCAUCAUCUGCGUUCUUUGGGCACCAUCUCAAAACUCCAUGAGAUAUGCCUACUCUGAUGAUGGUGAAGAGUUCGACAAGGACGCUACAUUAACACUCAUAAAGCCGUCCCCUCUGCUGCCAAAGGAUGUUAGAAGCCAACCUGAAGUGAGACCAGCGCUGGGUAACAGUGAACUAUCUAAUGGCGAUGACGUAGAAGACAAGACUGAGUAAAGCAAGACACAACUUUUUACAGUAUGGUAAAGAAAGGUACCGCCAGUUGAGUAAAUUGUUGUUAGAAUCAUGUAAUCUGUGUUGUCUGUAUAAAAAGUACGAAUGUUAAUCAGGAGAAGUUUUUAUUAGGUAAAACAAAUUUGUAAUUGUUGUUUUUUUAGAAGUAAUGCUCAUUUAUC